GGGUCAUGUCUAUAGCGUGUCACCCUCACUCAGAGCCAACAUGACGGUUCUCCGAACGCGCAGCGCCGCUCUCCCCGCGCGCGAACUCAAUCACCUUCUCUUCUGCGCACCGAUCUCUCUCCGGUCCCACGCACGGCCUUUCUCCGGCUUCAACCGUCCUCCGCCAAACUAUCCCGGCCAUGUACCGUUGAACUUUGUGGAGCGCGGUGCCCUGGCCUUUGGGUCGGCCGUGGGAGCUCUCAUCAACCCUCGGAGAGCAGACCUAAUCGCCGCCUGCGGCGAAGCCACCGCAACACCCUACUUCAUCUACCGUCUCCGCGACGCGAUGCUCUCCGAUCCAACAGGCCGACAAAUCCUCCGCGACCGUCCACGCAUCACCUCUGAGACCCUCAAACUCCCCUACCUCCGUACCCUCCCCGAACACACCGUCGGCCGGACCUACGCUACCUGGCUCGACCGGGAAGGCGUGUCGCCCGACACCCGGGACAACGUGCAAUACAUUGAUGACGAGGAAUGCGCGUACGUGAUGCAGCGGUACCGCGAGUGUCAUGACUUCUACCAUGCUGUGACGGGAUUGCCGAUUUUCGUGGAGGGGGAGCUGGCGCUCAAGGCGUUUGAGUUUCUGAAUACGCUGAUUCCGAUGACGGGGUUGAGUCUGUUUGCGUCAGUGAGGUUGAAGCCUGCGGAGCGGGAGCGGUUGUUUUCGAUUUAUUUGCCGUGGGCGUUGCGGAGUGGGUUGCGGAGUAAGGAGUUGAUUAAUGUUUAUUGGGAGAAGGUGUUGGAGAUGGAUGUUAGGGUGUUGAGGGACGAGUUGGGGAUUGAGCAGCCGCCGGAUAUGAGGGAGAUUAGGAGGAUGAUUCGGUUACAGAAGAAGAGAGAGAAGGAGGAGGCGGAACGGAGGGGCGUGGAUUAGGUGUGGUGAGGGUGUUAAUUAGAUGUAUUAUAUUUUUAUUGGGGGGAUGAGAGCCCUGAAUUAAAUGUGUGGUUACUUGGUAUCCGGUUUUUGAGUGCUUGCGGGGGAUAUAAG